GGAUGAGUGAAAUAGUAGUGGAAGCCGAAGCUUUGUGGGGCAUUUGGUUAGUAGUAGCAACACAUAAAGCUCGGCCGCGGUAAGGGAGAUGGCGGGUGCAUUUUGGGGGACUCGGGUGUUGGAGAUUGUGAAGAAGCACGAUUCUGGAGGUUUAGUCUGGAAGAGAAUUAAACUCACUACAACCCGUAAAGCCAACGCCAAGAAAAGGCUUCUUCGUGUUUGGCAGAAUGAGGCUGUUCUGAAGGCAUGUUCGGAGCCACCUCCGACUAAAUCUUCAGGAGAUGGAAUUAGUCAAGUUGAAAAAAAGGAGUAAGAACUCCAUAGGAUCCAAAAGAGUUUGACAACUUCGGCAUUGCCGUGUCAGUUUUCUUUUUUUCCUAUUUAGGCCUUUUAGAAAGGAAGAGUAAACAUUGAGUAGGUUUGAGCGAUGUCAAAAGUUUUCAUCGUCGUAUGUAAGCGAUAACAAUACACUAUUGUGCAAUUCCUGACCUGGAGUUUCACAGCACUUUUAUUCAGGAUUUAGUUCUUCACGUUCCUUGCUCCCUCAUGAAUGACUCUUUUCUUUCAGUAAAGAUAUUUGAUAUUUA